AUGGUGGCCCUCAGGCCCCCGCCUCCGCCUCCCCAGGUCGGAGGUCCCGUCAGCCAGCCUGGCCGUUAUAGCGCACCAUCGCGACAGAUUAUGGCUUUGACCGAAUCUGUUUGGAUGCAAAUUGUCGGCCCUCAGGGCCAACCCCAGCUCUGUGCCGGCCAUGACUGCCAUCUCCUCAUCUUGCGGACUCGCGAGGAAUUCCACAAAGCCGUGGGCUAUCUCCAAGAUGUCUUGAAAUUGGAACCAAAUAACGGUGAGGCAUGGGGAAGCCUUGGACACUGCUUUCUCAUGAUGGACGAUCUUCAACAGGCCUAUACCGCCUAUCAGAAUGCCCUUGUCAACCUUCAGAGUCCAAAGGAACCCAAACUUUGGUAUGGAAUUGGCAUCCUCUAUGACCGUUGGGGAUCUCUGGAACACGCCGAGGAAGCAUUUUCCCAAGUUAUGCAGAUGCAGCCCGACUUUGAGAAGGCCAACGAAAUUUAUUUCCGCUUGGGCAUUAUCUACAAGCAACAAUCAAAGUAUAACCAGAGCUUGGAGUGCUUUAAGUACAUCGUCAGCUCCCCGCCCCACCCUCUGACUGAAGAGGAUAUCUGGUUCCAAAUUGGCCAUGUUCACGAGCAGCAGAAGGACUACGAUAAUGCCAAGGCCGCCUACCAGCGUGUUCUGGAUCGUGACCCCAACCACGCCAAGGUGCUUCAGCAGCUUGGUUGGCUCCACCAUAACCAGAGCAGCAGCUUCCAAAGCCAGGAGCGCGCGAUCGAGUUCCUAGAGAAGUCCGUCGCAGCUGACACCAAUGAUGCGCAGAGCUGGUACCUGCUUGGUCGCUGCUACAUGUCGCAGCAGAAGUAUCCCAAAGCCUACGAGGCAUACCAACAAGCCGUGUACCGUGAUGGUCGUAACCCGACCUUCUGGUGCUCGAUUGGUGUCCUUUACUACCAGAUCAACCAAUACCGCGAUGCUCUGGACGCGUACUCGCGCGCCAUUCGCCUUAAUCCCUAUAUCAGCGAGGUCUGGUAUGACCUGGGUACCUUGUAUGAGUCGUGCAAUAAUCAAAUCAAUGAUGCCCUCGACGCCUACCAAAGGGCGGCUGAGCUUGAUCCCUCAAACCCGCACAUCAAGGCUCGCCUGCACCUCCUACGCAGUGGCGGCUCCAACGCUGGCCCACCUGCAAGCGCUCCUCAGCCCACUGAUCAGCAGCAGCAGCAGCAGCAGCAACAACCCCCUCCUCCCGGGCCCCCUUCUGGUCCUCCUGCUAAUGGCUGGGGCCGACACGGGGAGGUUAAUGCCCCUCCUCAACCGCCCAACCCUUAUGAACAGUCGCGCAGCGAUCCUUUUAAUCGUGGCCCGCCUCCUCCUCCUGCACCUUUGCGCCAGCCCAGCCCUCGCCAGGAGCCACCCCAGAUGCGGCCACAACAGCCCCCACCCCCGCCCCUCAACAGCAGGUUCCGCCACCACAGCAGGGAGGCCAGCCUCCUUAUGGAGACAACCGGGGCCCUGACCCUCGAGGAGGCCCUGCGCCCCUUCGGCGAGGCCCCUCCCCGCGACCUAACCACUACGCGUCGCAGGGCCCUCCACUCCCUCCCCGCCUACCUCGCAGCCGAUGCACAUGCCCGAGCGGGUGGCAAACCCUAA